AUGCCUGCCGCUGCUGUCAGGAGAUGGGCCCUGAGCUCGCGGCCCUUCUAUUCAACAGCUUUUGUCGUCGCUUUGAUCAUUGUUCACAGUCUUUUUAUCCAGGCGCCUGCAUCCUCGCGCCAUGCAGGAACACUACUUUCAGCACGCGCUGGGGAGGAUUGCCGGCUAGUGCAUCAAGCCGAGGACAAAUGCGCAUUUGUGAAGCGCAACUGCCACGAUGAUGAGGCCGGUCUUCUGGAGUAUCUGACCUUCUACUACUGCACUCUGGGCAGCGCAAAACCCGCCGCCUUUGUCAUCAUGAUCGCCUGGCUCUGCCUUCUAUUCAGCACUAUCGGCAUAGCAGCUAGCGAUUUCUUCAGCGUCAACCUCAGCACCAUUGCUACUAUCCUAGGCCUGAGCCAAAGCCUGGCUGGCGUCACAUUCCUGGCAUUUGGAAAUGGUUCUCCGGACGUCUUCAGCACCUUUGCGGCCAUGGGCUCUAACAGUGGGAGCAUGGCUGUCGGCGAGCUUCUCGGAGCUGCUGGAUUCAUCACGUCCGUGGUUGCUGGUUCAAUGGCCCUGGUACGAGAAUUUAAAGUCAGUAAGAACUCCUUUAUACGAGAUAUUGUCUUCUUCAUUGUGGCAGUUGGCUUUACAUUCUACUUUAUCUGGGAUGGAAAGAUCCAGCUGUGGGAAUGUGGUGCUAUGAUUGGCUUCUAUGUCUUCUACGUCAUCUUUGUCGUGGUCUGGCAUUGGUACAACAAGAGAGGAAAUGCCCGGAGAGCAAGGGAAACAGCUUCUCGUAGUCAUUUCAUGGGCUCCGGGUCUCUACACGGAAACGACGAGCUUGAGCCGUACAGAGAUGAGCCUGAUGACGAAGAAAUUGCACCGGGAUCUCACAGAGGAGGCCCUGCUACCGUAGACAUUGGUAUCCUAGAGAGGGGACCGAGGAUCGAAAUCGGAGAACCUGAUACAGAGGAUGCAGACGAUGAACGCAAUCAGCAUAUUGCUGCGGAAAUGGCGAGCAGUAUGAGGGUCAACCGGCCGCGAGGAAGGAGGAGCACUACAACCAUUACACCAAUCAGGCCUAGUCUUGUCGGUGCACUUGAGUUUAGGGCUGUAUUGUCGUCACUGCAGCAUGAAAGGAAUAUGCGUAUGGCUCCCAUCUUUGUUAGAAGCUACUCAGAUGACAGAAUCGCCGUCGAUAGGUCAGAGGGAGGAGCGGCUUUAGUUGGUGGGCCAGUCAGUGUUCAAACUAUACAAGGCGCUGGCACUAUUGAUUUGGUAAAUCGGAAUAGAUCAAGAUCUUCAGGCGCUAUUCCACUGAUCAUGGAUGAGGAUCUAGCGUCGGGGUCCCCAAGGGCAGCAGAGGACAGAAACAGCAGCGUUCCACCACACACGGUGGGCGGAAUGCUGGCCCCGCCUCCUACGGAUUCCACGGGUGGGCUUGCAGUCGACAGUCAGGAUGCUCCAGAUCAGCAUAGGCUAGGCAAAGGUUUGCAUCUACGUAUCCCGAGCCCCAGCCCGCCUGGCAGCGCAGAUUCAACCCCGGCAGCCUCUCCUUUCCCGACGUAUUCAGAAUCCCCUAGGCCCAUGACGCCGGAUCCUUUACCAACUCUGCCAACACCUGCGUUAGAGCGCCACUCCCCCUUCGAAGACCUUCAUAUCCAUGAAACACACAGGCCUGUGAGAUGGUGGCCAUAUCGAAUCCUGCCGGACCCUUACCUCUUGGUGCAUAGCUUAUUUCCUACUCUGCAGGAUUGGAACAACAAGCCAUUAUGGGAUAAGAUGAUCAGUGCCUGGUCUGUGCCGAGUGUCCUACUUUUAGUCCUUACGUUACCCGUUGUGGAAAGCGAGACCACAGAUGACGACUCAGAGGAAAGUAUUGCGGAUGAGCCGGCCACCGGCGGGCCCCUGAAUACCGCCGCUCCCGUGUCCUACGAGCCUAACGGAUCGAUCGACCACGAAACAGAAUGGCAGCAGUACAGACGGAGUACAAGAUCUCGAGCUUCGUCGGGCACCGCGUCACCCGCCCUAUUGUCAUUGGCUGCCCCUGACGAGCUUCGUGGUUUGUCUUCGGCUUCGGUCGACGGUAUACAAUCUCGCAAUGAUGCAUUCGAUGCACGACAUGCUAAGCCCGCCUCGGACUCGAUUUCGGUGACGGGCAGUGAAGAUCAAGGCUGGAAUCGUUGGCUUCUCCUCCUCCAGGUUUUCACGGGGCCGAUGUUUGCCGUCUCCGUUGUUUGGGCAAAUAUGGCCGAAGAUCUCGACCACCCCGUCAAAGUGCUUGUGCGCAUGCUUUUGAUUGCUCUCGUCUUCUCACUCGUCAUACUUGCCGUUCUUCUUGCAACCACAUCGCCAGAACGACGUCCCAAAUUCCAUUUCUUGUUUUGCUUUCUUGGAUUUAUCAUAGCGAUUGCCUGGAUAUCCACCAUCGCGGGCGAAGUUGUUGGUGUACUGAAAGCUCUUGGCGUUAUCUUCAAUAUAUCUGAGGCAAUACUGGGUUUAACCAUCUUUGCUGUGGGUAAUUCUAUCGGCGAUCUCGUCGCCGACAUUACCGUUGCCCGACUGGGAUACCCAGUAAUGGCUUUGGCUGCAUGUUUCGGUGGUCCUAUGCUGAACAUUCUGUUGGGUAUUGGCCUCGGUGGCGCCUUUCAGAUAGUCCGUGCGGCAAACAAGAGACACGCCAAACAUCCGGACAAGCCAUUUCAGUACAAAACAUAUCACAUCCAAGUUGGUGAUACUCUUCUGGUUUCAGCCGUUGUACUACUAAUUACUCUGUUUGUGCUCCUGGCAGUCGUGCCGAUGAGCAAAUGGGUAAUGACGAGGAGAAUUGGAUGGGGCUUGAUCGCGCUUUGGGCUGUUGGUACCAUUGUGAAUCUUGUCAUAGAGCUUACAGGACCAUGGUACGAAGUGUCAUGA